CAUUGUUAUUUAUUCGGCUUAGAGGAGCACGCGGCUAUUCUAACGUUAACAACACUUCAGUUGCUUCACUACGUUUCAACGACUUUUAUUAAUUGCAGUGAAUACGAUAAAAUAACGAAGAAAUGUCGACAGUAGCAAGUGCUUUAGCUAUUACCGGAACGCGUCAAUCCGGCGCUCCCGUUCGUUCACAAAAUGUAAUGGCUGCAUUAGCUAUCGCCAAUAUAAUUAAAAGUUCUCUUGGACCAGUUGGUCUUGACAAGAUGCUUGUCGACGAUAUUGGCGACGUUACAAUUACAAAUGAUGGAGCGACGAUUCUGCGACUUCUAGAGGUAGAACAUCCAGCUUCGAGAGUUCUCGUGGAACUGGCACAAUUGCAGGAUGAGGAAGUUGGAGACGGUACUACCUCGGUUGUGAUUGUGGCAGCAGAAUUACUUAAAAAUGCGGAUGAACUUGUUAAAAAUAAGAUUCAUCCAACUUCGGUGAUCAGUGGUUAUAGAUUAGCUUGCAAGGAGGUCUGUAAGUAUAUACAAGAGCAUUUAACAGUGAGCGUUGAAGAACUUGGCAAAGAUUGUUUAAUAAAUGUUGCUAAAACUGCAAUGUCCAGUAAAAUUAUAAAUGCUGAUUCUGACUUUUUCGGCAACAUUGUCGUAGAGGCUGCGAAUGCAGUUAAAGUGAGCGAUGGCAAAGGCGGAUUUAUAUAUCCAAUAAAAGCUGUUAACGUGCUGAAAGCUCACGGUAAAAGUGUACGGGAUUCCGUCAUCAUUUCAGGCUACGCUCUAAACUGCACAGUAGCUUCGCAAGCAAUGGUUAAGAAGAUCGUAAAUGCCAAAGUGGCGUGUUUAGAUUUUUCACUGAUGAAAACUAAAUUGAUGCUGGGUAUAGAAGUACUUAUUAAUGACCCGGAGAAACUGGAUGGUAUUCGUCAGCGCGAGUUGGACAUAACAAAAGAAAAUGUACAAAGAAUUUUAGCCUCCGGUGCUAACGUUAUACUCUGCACCGGCGGUAUCGAUGAUCUGUGUCUUAAGUACUUUGUGGAUGCUGGUGCAAUGGCUGUGCGCAGAUGUAAAAAAGUGGACUUAAAACGUAUCGCUAAAGCUACCGGUGCACAAUUCUUGACGUCUCUUACUAAUAUGGAGGGUGAAGAGAGCUUCCAGGCCAGUUUCCUAGGCGAAGCUGCCGAAGUGUCUAUAGAAACAUUCUGCGACGAUGAGCUCAUCGUUAUUAAAGGACCAAAGUCCAGGACGGCAAGUUCCAUUAUUUUACGUGGUCCGAACGAUUAUUAUUGUGACGAAAUGGAACGUUCUAUACAUGACGCAUUAUGUGCUGUGAAGCGAGUCCUCGAAAGUAAACGCGUCGUUGCUGGAGGCGGCUGUGUCGAAGCGGCUCUCUCCAUUUAUUUGGAAAAUUUUGCUACUACAGUGAGCUCCCGGGAACAGCUUGCAAUAGCCGAGUAUGCAAAAUCACUUUUGGUCAUCCCCAAGACUUUGGCUGUUAAUGCGGCGCAGGACGCCACGGAUCUCGUAGCCAAGCUAAGAGCUUAUCACAAUUCCAGUCAAGUUGUCGUAGAUCACGCCAACUUAAAAUGGGUUGGACUCGAUCUAAUUGAAGGCACAAUUAGAGAUAACAAGAAGGCGGGAGUUUUGGAACCAGCUAUCUCUAAAAUUAAAUCCCUCAAAUUCGCUACCGAAGCUGCCAUCACAAUCUUAAGAAUCGAUGACAUGAUCAAGCUGGACUCAGUCAAAUCUGGCAAAGACUCGUCGUAUCAAAAUGCUAUGGAAUGCGGCCAACUCGAAGGAUGAAAUUAAUUUAUAUGUAUCGAAUGAUUAUCACUCAUAAUAUUACUAUUAUUAU